AUGAAAAAUUUUAUAGUUAGAAAGUGGGCAGAAAUUAUUUCAGACUCUGUUAGUUUUGGAGAACAAGAUCAAAAAGUCGUUCAACAUGUUGAUCUGCCCGUAGUAAAAAAUGAAUUGUCAAUAACAUUAAGAAUAAACCUAAAACAACAUAUAGACGACUGGGCCUCUGUUUUUCAUAAAGGUACAGAAAGCCUUAUUCGUACUCCAGGACUCUGGCUUACAGCUCACAAAUCUGCAUUACACGCUCGAUUCACGGGAAACUGGAAUGGAAGUGCUGGAAUUGACGCGCUUGAUGGACUUUUAUUACAGCAAUGGUACCAUAUAGCUUAUACACUCUCUGAUCCUAAAAAAAGGUUGGAUAUCUACAUAAAUGGUGAAUGGUCUGGAUUCUUCAGCAUCCAGGACGUUAGAAAGCAAAACGUUAUUUUCAAUGACGGACCUAUGUAUAUUGGAAAAUCUCCUUGUAAUCUUCAUGGAUUUAUUGGCGAAAUUAG